CAGAUUUUAUACUUCUCCUGAACAUCUCACCCGAAACCUCCGCGAUGAUCCUCCUACUCAUGUCCACACCGUCGCCAAAGAAAUCUUUUAGAAUGCGCUCCUAUCGGGUCACUUCCCUACUUGAGAUCUUUCUAUGGCUCCCAUGCUCUCUGGGUCAAGUCCAGACUUUGGUAUGCAAGGUCCUUGGAGAUCUACCCUCUUGCCCAUCAAUCCAGCCCCAUCUUUGUUCUGUUUCGGGUUCAUUCUAAGGGUUCCAGUUCUCUUGUUCAACUUUCAUUCCACAGUAUUUAAUUAAGCACUUACCAUGUGCUGGGUACUAUUCCGGGAACUUGGGAUUCAGCAGAGGAAAAAAAUAUAGGUGAAGAUUCCUACCCUUGUGGAGUUUAUAUUCUAGUAGGGGAGACAGGCAAAAAACGAAACAAAACAGUAAAUUAUAUAAUAGCUAGUAGUAAGUGCCAUUGGGGAAGAGAGUAGAGCAGAGUAAGGGAAGAUUAGGAGGGCAAAAUGCCUGUUAAAUGGAGUUGGAAUGAGUAGACCUCAUUGUGAAAAUGAGUUAUCCAUGCAGAUAUCUGGGGUGAGAGUGUUCUAGGCACAGCUGGAACAAAGGACUCUACCCAGAAAUGUGCCUGUUGGUUAUGCAGAGCAUCAGGAAGGCCCGUGUGGCUGGAGCUGAGUGAGCAAGGGUGAGAGGCAGGAGAUGAGGUCAGAGAGGAAAUGGAGGGGCCAAAGGUAAUGCUUGGCUUGACAUUUUGAUUAUGUUUAUUGUAUUUACAUGUGAGUGUGAUUUUAAAUAGUUAUUUUGUGCUAGUGAAAGUUUCCUCGUGUAGGUAAAUAUAAUCUGUUUGUGAUGUAUGCAGAGAGCAACAUCGUAUCCAGGCAUUCCUCCUAGGAGACAAUGGUGUGGCAUAAAGGCAGAAUUUUGGGGUGGAGAAUGUGGGAGUCCAGGGACUGACAUAGAAGCAGGGCUUCCCUCCCCCAGGAUGUCUCCUCUUAGGACUUCUUCCAAGUAGGGGUGACAGUUCUCCCACUCCUCUAUUCCUGCCUGUUUUUGCAGUUGGUAAAGGUUAGCUUUUGUUCAAGAGAAGAGGAGAAAAUAAAUGUCAUGGUGUGGCAGAAAGAGCAGUGGCCUUGGAGUCAGAAGUCUGACGGGCAGUUCAGCGUGGUGGUGAAGAGCCUCAACUUAGAAGCCAGAGAGCCUGGGUCGUAUGCGCCAUGGCUGUGGCUAGUGUCAGAUUGCCCACCAGUGUUUUAAGAAAGCCAGAUGCUUGGAUUGGACUCUGGGGAGCGCUACGAGGGACACCUUCACAUAAACCCUGUGCUUCCUGGAAUCGAUACCUAUAUUUUUCUAGUACCAAGUUAAAUGCAUCAGAUUAUAAAACGCUUUUCCAUAACAUUUUCUCCCUGAGACUCCCAAGGCUUUUACUAUCUCCGGAAUAUAUUUUCCCAUUUUCCAUAAGACUUAAAAGUAAUAUAAGCUCUAAAAAAUCCACAAAAAAGACUCUGCAAAAAGUUGAAGAUGAAGAGAUCUCUGAUGAAGAGAGUGACCAUCAUGAGAUGAGCGAGCAGGAAGAGGAGCUCGAGGACGACCCCAGUGUAGUCAAAGACUAUAAAGACCUGGAGAAGGUAGUGCAGUCUUUGCGGUAUGAUGUUAUCCUGAAGUCAGGCCUCGAUGUUGGACGAAACAAAGUGGAAGAUGCAUUCUACAAAGGUGAACUCAGGCUGAAUGGGGAAAAACUAUGGAAGAAAAGCAGGACGGUGAAAGUGGGAGAUACAUUGGACCUUCUCAUUGGAGAGGAUAAAGAAGCAGAAGCAGAGACAGUGAUGAGGAUUCUCCUGAAAAAAGUGUUUGAAGAGAAGACUGAAAGUGAGAAAUACAGAGUAGUGUUACGACGGUGGAAGAAGUUAAAGUUGCCUAAAAAGAGUACGUCUAAAUAAAUGGAUUGCCUUUUAGUGAUAAAGCUGCUUUCUCGUGGUGGGGGAAGGGGCCAGCUUAAAAAGAGGACAUUUCUAUUAAAAUAAAGUUCUCUUACCAUU